AUGACGCCGGCGUGCCGCGCCGCCACGUAUGCGGUCUCGGAGAGCCACAUGGGCACGGUGUCAGCGCUGGAAGCGCGCAUCGCGGCGCUGGAGGCCCAAGUCCGCGAGCAAGGCCUGUGCCUCGAGACACAAGACAUGUGUCUCCAAGACCAGCACAAGUGCCUGGAGCUCAAGGACAAGGCCAUCGCCGACUUGCAAAAGUCGCUGGCCUUCAAGGACCAGUCGGUCCAGGACUUGCAAAAGUCCCUCGAGUACAAGAACAAGUCCCUCCAGGACCACCAUAGGCGCCACGAGGAAAAGGACAAGAUCAUCGAGGCAAUGUCUUCGGAGAGGGAGGCCUGGGUCAAGUACAGUCGCCAGCUGGAGGAAUAUUAUGGUCAUCAGCAAGGCAGUUGA